CUGGCCUCCCUCAGUUACUGGUACUUAAGUCAUUUUCAAUCUCUCUAACCCAUACAUGGCCAAUAAAUCAAACGAAAGGCUCGCAAAGGGACAGGCGGUGAGCCCUUUGUUUCUCUUAUCUUAGGUAAAUACCAUUUUUAAAGCGCACAGUGAAUGGAUACCUUCUGAAGUAUUUGAAAAAUAGAGGUAAGGGGUGGACAGUAAGAGAAACACACGGAGCACAACAAGUCCCCCACGUAAGAGGAAUGAGUUAAAUGAAUUACGAACGAAAUGGAAGGAAUUCUGUGUGCUUUAUGUCGGAAGGUUACGUCUGGGCCGUUAUUGUUGGAGAGGCUUAGAGGGAACAAGGAAAGAAUGGCCAAGGCUAGCUUGAAAGAGAAUGCCCGCGGGGGAAACAAAUACGCCCGGUUACCAAUACUACGAAAAGGCGUCGGCUUUGUCGAACAAACUGAUAAGCACGUUUGCGUAAACUACAUACAGACUUGAAAGACGAGAGGGCUGUGCAUGUAACACAAGGAUGGCGGGGAUAGUAAGAGAAGAACCCGUGCGAAAGAAGGCAAGCGUACCGGCACAGCGCGCAAGACGAGCCUGGUCUCCCCACGGCAAGAUGCGGCCCCGCUCGGGAACGUGGCACGGCGACGAGGAGACACCCGACACGGUGAAAAACGCGCGGAAACUGACAGACUCCCUGGCCACGGAAGUCAGGUUUGAUCCCGGGCUGAUACAGGACGUGAUCGACAUGGUCCUGACAGAAACGCUCGCUCACGAGACGUACGCAGCCAGCAGGAUGGGGGUGACGAGCAAGCGGGUGAGCGACGUCCUGAAGACGAGAAUCCGGGGGCUGUGCGGGGACAGGUUCAAGCUGGUGUGCAUCGUUGUGAUCACCGAGGGAGGGACCGAGGAGAGCGCCCUGCACGUCACCAGUCAGUGUGUCUGGGACCACGAAACGGACGACUUCGCGUCGGGAAGCUUUAGUAACGACGCCCUGCACGCGGUGGCUACCGUCUUCGCUAUCCACUGCUGACAGUUACGGUGCAGGCUUUUGGAUUGUUGGAAUCUAGGAAAAUGGGACCAAGUAUGUGUACUUGAGUGCGUCACAGUUGUGUCGGUGUUUUGUUGUUUCGUGUAUUGGCUAACUAGAAAUACGGCAAAGUCUAU